GCAGCUGCGCUCCCAUCUACAUCCAACCACAAACCACCGGCGACGACGACCACGCCUCCUCCUCUCCGGCGGCGACGACCAAUCCUCCUCCUCUCUCUCUCUCUCUCCCUCUCCCUCUCCUCCUUGCUCGCUCUCUCGCUCUCCCCCUUUCUCACUGUCUCGCUCACCCCCACACCCCACAGGUAAAAUAGAAUUGGAAAGCUGUUAAAUUUCUUCUGGGUGUUGCUGUUGUUUGAUUUUGCUGUUUUCCGUUCUGGUUGAGAGCUAAAGCGAGUGGAAGAGUGUUCUGAUGGAGGCACUUUUAGGGUUUAAGGAAGAAUCAACAGAUUAUGACCAACUUGUGAUAUCAAAGCCGUCGUCAUCAGCAUCCUACAGCUACAAAUUAGUGCCGUGGUUGAGCUGGGACGAGUGGCUUUUCGUUGACGAAUCUCUCUUUUCGAUUUCACCUGAAUCUGUGGCCUCCGCUUUCAGAAGAAUAUCAGCAUGGAGAAGCAGAGGUUGUCUUCCUGUUGUAAUUGAAGUUACGGCAUCGAUUAUUGAAAUUCAUCAAAAAGAUCCUCACUUUAGAAAGGACCAGUCAAAUGAUGCUUUGGAUAAUUGCAGAGCAGAUCAAUCAAGUGAUGCUUCACUUUCAGAUGAAAUGCUGGCCAUGUUAUAUUGUAUGGCAAUCAUGAGGCUUGUGAAUGGUGUUGUUGAGAAGACACGGAAGAAAACAGAGGUUUCAAUUGCUGUGGCUGCUGAUGCAAUUGGCAUUCCACGUACACUGAUUGAUAUUCGUCAUGAGGGAUCUCACCGUGAACUUCCCGCACUGGAGGUUGUUCGUAGUGCUUCAGUUAAGGCCCUUGAUUGGUUGAAGUACUACUACUGGGAGCCUCAGAAGAAGGCAAUUCCAUUUCAUGGUAAUGAGACUGCUGACAUCAGAACUGAGAUAAGGUCGAAAUUCCAUGAAUUGGCUUUCUGCUUAAGAGUUAAGAACACUCCUCCGUCAGUUUCUUCAAAAGUCAAGGAAAAACGUGGUGGCAGAAGUAGUAAAUGGCUUUGUGGGCGUAAUAAGUUUUUCUCACUAAUGGCUGGCAAGAUCCAUUCAUCAAAAUCUAGACGUUCCAAGAAAGACCUUACCAAGAUAUUGAAAAGUCUUGUAGGGUUGUAUGCUUCCUUCUCCUCAGAAGUUGUUUCUGUACUGUUGGAGAUCUUGUUGAAUGCUAUAAGUAUCUCAGAUUCCUCGAAGCUUCCAGUAAACACCCAAAAAGGCCCGAGCCUACAUAUUUCAUUGAAUGAGUGGAAGCUUGUGAUAACAAAAUUUUCAAAUAAGGAACCAGAGUUACUUCUGGCUCUCCUGAAUGCAGCUCUUGAUAUGAUUGAGACUCAGGAAGCAGUGCUAUUUGAGACAGGAGGGGUUCGCACAUCAUCAGACCAUAGGGCAGAGAUACUCCAAGUUGAACACCUCUCUUCUCUGUUUAAGUGGCUAGUUGGGAAUUUUGAAGGAUUAAAGCCUCAUCUUGAAAAAGAUUCUGCACCUGAGAUCAAAGUUUCUUCAGGAGAAAAAACGAUAUCGAAGGCAAUUCUGAUGGAACUCCUACGUAAAUGCCUUGUUCUAUCAGCUUCUGCUAAUAACCAGCUCAUGGAUUCUGCCGUCCAUCUUGCACAACUGACUGGGGACAACUACCUAUUGGGAAAACUGAACAAACUCUCUUCAUUAGUUUCAUCAAAUUUGGAUGUUACUGAAGAAGAUAAUUCUCUUAAACAUUCAACUAAUGUAUUUAAGAACGAAGACGAAUCUAUAAGUGAAGCAUCAGAGAAGCUAGAGAUGAUUAAACAGCGCAAAAUGAAGAGCAAAGUAGUGAAGAGAACAGAUGGUGAUGCCGGAAAUACUAACAGAUGGGUUCUGGCAAAAUCAUGGAAUCCGUGUCCAAUUGGAAUGUUGCCUCGAGCUGUUGGGUCUUCUGGUUGCCUUCCCGUUCUGGACUUCGAUACUGUCCCAGAAAAGGUUUCUCAGUUACUAGGAAGAAAAGAGAACUGGGAAUUGAACCAGUGUAGUGGCAAGAGAGAAGCUAGUUCCGAUAUACAGCUACUAGAUAACCGAUGUGUUAAGAAGUUGAGGGAAACAGAGGAUGGCUGUGUAUCAGAUAGUGAGCAUGUUUUAUCCACAGAAGAUGUCAGUGGUCAUCUCAUGAUAGGCGGGGUCUGGAAGAAAGUUGGGGAAGAAGAGCUACUUGCCAUCAAGUCUGCUGUAAGGAUUUGGCCACACACAAAAAAGCCUGCUGUAAAAAUUGAGCCACACACAAAAAAAAGCCUGCUGUAAGGAUAUUAAUUUAGUCACUGAUUUAUUCAAAGCUAGGGUAGGUCUAAUUUUGGAAGCUUUUGUUAGCAUCUAUGCAGUUUUGAUUUAUAGUGGUGAUAAAUUAGCGACCGAAGCAGUUUUGAUUUAUAUUUUGUAGUGCACUAUGUGAUUAUCUGGGUUAUAAAAGUUGUAACCAGAGUAAAAUUAGCUGGCGGGUUCUUCUAUUUUAGCACUCCACCAAAGAUUAUUUUUAUUUUUAUGUAUUUUUCUUCUUUUUUUAUAAACUGACCAUGGUUUAUUUUCACUAAGCCACUGGUUCAUUAUGUUAUUCAAUUUUGUGUUCAAUGA